GGCGGAAUCGGUAACACCCUAACACCGGUCGUUCGCCCCCGUUGUGGGGGAUCGGUUACAUGGGUACGGGCAUUAGGACCGGAUUCCGGCGACACAUCCGCGUUCCGCGUUCGCCAGCUGAGACUCUGAGAGAGGGUACUUAGUGGUGCGGUAAAACCUGGUAUAUGGAGUAUUGUCAAAGUCGAGAUUCAGCUGCAUGAGCUAGCACGCACGCACAUGAUUUCCUCCUGCCUCAAUGGGAGAUCUGGCCGAGCUGUCGAAAACGUGGGCCGCGACUGGCAGCCUCCUCAUGCAGCCUCGAAACUUCUCCCGCACGAUGCGCAUGGAAAUAAAGGCCCAUCUGCUGAUCGACCAUUUCCCCCAACUUGCAAGCCAUUCGUCUCACAUUCAUUAUUCCCACCUGCAACCUGACACACACAAGACGCCAUGAGGUUCGGAUCGCUAGCGCUGCAACUGUUGCCAGCCGCCUCGGUGGUCCUGGCUGCACCCGCUCCCGACACCACCCAGAGUGCUUUGGAUGAUAUUGCUUCCCUCGCCGACAAGGCCCUCAAGCAGGCCGAGACAGAAGCAUCUGACAAUGCUCUGAGGAAACGUGAGGGGGAGAACACUUGCUCCUGGGAGAAUGUCAGCAUUCGCAGGGAAUGGGGCAAUCUGUCCAAGAAGGAGCGCAAGUCGUACACGGACGCGGUGCUCUGCCUCCAAGAGAAGCCUGCGCGUACGCCUGCCGAAGUGGCCCCCGGUGCGAAGACGCGCUUUGACGACUAUGUCGCCACGCACAUCAACCAAACGCUCCAGAUCCACUACACGGGCAACUUCCUCGCGUGGCACCGAUACUACACGUGGCUGUACGAGCGUGCGCUGCGGGACGAAUGCGGCUACACAGGCUACCAGCCGUACUGGGACUGGGCCAAGUCGGCCAUCACUGGCAUGCACGACUCGCCCAUCUUCGACGGCUCCGACACCUCCAUGUCUGGCGAUGGCGAGUUCAUUCCUGACCGCGAGGAGAUCAUCCUUGGAAAGGCACAGGGUCUGCCCCCCAUCUACCUGCCAGUGGGCACCGGUGGCGGCUGUGUCAAGUCGGGCCCAUUCAAAGACAUGGUGGUGAACCUUGGGCCUGCUGCCCUCGACUUGCCGGGAGGCCUCGUCGCCGCCAACCCAGAGGGACCUCUUGCCCACAACCCCCGUUGCCUGAAGCGCGACCUCACGACCGAGAUCAACCGUCGCUAUGCCAAUGCCUCGGCCGUGCUGGCCAACCUGAUCCAGCCCACGAACGUCUACGACUUCCAGAUGCAGAUGCAGGGCGUCCCUGGAUCUGGUACCAUUGGUAUCCACGGUGGUCCUCACUACAGCCUGGGAGGCGAUCCUGGCCGUGAUGUCUUUUCGUCCCCAGGCGAUCCCGCCUUCUACCUGCAUCACGCCAACAUUGACCGCAUCUGGUGGAUUUGGCAGAUGUUGGACCCCAAGACCAGACAGCGCAGCGACCAAGCGAUUGCGGGAACAAACACGUUUUUGAACCAGCCUCCGAGUGCCGACACGACUCUGGAGGAUUAUGUGAAUUACGGCUAUGCGGAUGGGCCGUCGCGUCAGAUCAAGGAUUUGAUGAGCACCUUGGGUGGCCCCUUUUGCUACAUUUAUUUGUGAGGCUCGAUUCAGACGUUGAUAGAUGGCUUGGACGUGGUAUAGAAGCCAGCGAAAAUAAACACGUUGUGUCCUAGGGAUGGUCGGUGCAUGGUGACGUAAUCGAGUUGAUGUGCAAGGGAUGGUUUCUGGAGGAGAGGAGGUCCAGGACUCCAGAUUCAAUGCGACAGAGAUGUGAAGGAAAGGCUCCACCGUGUAUGAAAACAUCGCUGUCCACUCGCACGUGACCUUACCUUGAACU